CCCGUUGCUUGACUCACCCCACUACGUCGUGUUCGCAGCACUGACUAUCUCUAAUCGCAACAAGAAGCUACCUAUCUUGACUUCAUGAAGCUCAAGGACUUCGAUGUUACCGUCUGCGGGGUGCACGGUAACCCUACCAUGCCGGAAUAUGGCGUCAGAAUCGACGAUUCGCAACGCUCGGUUUCUGGUUGGAUUGCCUCGACAGCGGGCAAGGCAUUUGAGCUUACGUACAAAUGUCCUCCACAACUGUCUCAGAAAUAUGUCGCGGAGUUAUACCUAGAUGGUGAACAUGCUACGGGGACCUUCUUUGACCCCAGUAACAAGGAUGGGACUUACGCAGCGGGGUGGGAUGAUCCACCAGAUAAUGCGGAUUCAGGGACGCGUCGUCUUCGUCGUUUCAAGUUCGUGGACAUCGCACUCGGAGACGGAGAGGAAAACGCUCAGCAGCCAGUCUCGGGCAGCAUCGGAGAAAUUCGUGUGUGCAUUAGACGCGCCAUCGUCACAGACGACGACGCCGAGUUUGCCCCAGAGCAAAUGCCCCAGGACAAUCAGCCCCCCCAAGCUGAAAUCGAGGACGGCAUAAAGCACAAAAUAGUUGCCGGUGACCACGAAACUUAUCCUUUUUAUCCGGUUAAUGAAUAUGAAGCUGCCGAUGAUUCGGAAGAAUCGCUGGAUGUAAUAUUCUACUAUCGUCCUCUCGAGGUCUUGAGAGAAAAGGGACUGGUUCCACCCGCCACAGCGGCCAACACUAAAGACAAAGCGUCAUCCCGUACGUUGGGUAAGGUCGCCAAGAAACGUACAGCCAGUACCUCAACGCGUCAAGAGCCAGUCGAUAGGAUUGCCGAAUUGGAAGAGCGUGUCCGUCGCCUUGAAACGGAACAGCUGAAACGUAAUCGAACCGCAACAACAGAGGGAACGGAGGCCACCAAACGGACUAGGGCUAGUGCCAGACUGCGUAAGUAGAAGAGUAGAAGUACAUAAAAGUUCACUCAGCCGAUUUAUGGCGAAUCGAAGAAAACCAUGCAUGCGUC